CUCUCAUUGGAUACGAAGUAUCAUGACCCGUUAAAUCCGUGCUUCAUCACUUCAACCACUGCGUCGAGCUAUUAGACUGUUUGAGCAUGACACUCAACGGCAAUGAAAAACUCAUUGAUGCUGAUUCGUAGGAGUUGUUACAUAUGCUGGCAACAACUCACGUUCAUUUUGGAUAUUUCUUCGUUUGAAUUGGCCAUAUAUCCGUCAAAGUAAUACCACUAUCUGACCUAUGUUGCGACUCAUACGAAGUCAUCGGCCAUUACAACGACGAGGGCUGGCCACUAUCAAUUCGAGGGUCCAAGGCAGUCCGCUCGAACCUAGCACAUUCAUUGACUAUGAGAGAGUAUCGCAGCAGAUUGCACAAGUGCGGAAGAGACAUGGGAAGCCUCUAACGCUUGCCGAAAAGAUCCUAUACGGACAUCUCGAAGAUCCAAACGCGCAAGAGCUCAAGCGUGGUUCCUCGCAGCUCAGACUGAGACCAAAACGUGUAGCUCUUCAUGAUGCUAAUGCCCAAAUGGCUUUGCUGCAGUACAUGACCACUGGUAUUCCCAGAGUCCGCGUACCUACAUCUGUCCACACAGACCAUCUGAUCAUCGCCCGAGAAGGAGCGGGGCCAGACAUGGACCGCGCCAUUGCCGCGAACAAGGAAGUAUAUGAUUUCUUGCAGACGGCUUGUGCCAAGUACGGGAUUGCUUUCUGGAAGCCUGGAGCGGGCAUCCUUCACCAAGUGAUUUUCGAGCAAUACGCCUACCCCGGAGGUCUCAUGAUUGGCUCCGACUCCCACACUCCCAAUGCUGCAGGACUUGGUAUGCUAGGUAUUGGUGUAGGCGGUAUGGAGGCAGUCGACGUGAUGGCCGGUUUGGCUUAUGAGGUGAAACAUCCCAAUAUUAUUGGUGUCAAUCUCACUGGCAAGCUUGGGCCAUGGUCAACAACGAAGGAUAUUAUUCUAAAGUUGGCAUCUAUCUUGACAGUCCGCGGUGGCACGGGCUCGAUCAUUGAAUAUUUUGGGCCCGGUGCUCACAGUCUUUCGGCUACGGGUAUGGGUACCGUCGGAAACAUGGGCGCAGAAGUUGGAGCUACGUGUAGCGUCUUCCCAUUCAACCAAGGAAUGGCCGAUUAUCUGGAGUUGACUGGACGAUCUACAAUUGCGAGGACAGCAGAGGACUAUAGGGACGACUUGAAGGCGGAUGAAGGAGCAGUAUAUGACCAAUUGAUUGAUAUCAAUUUGUCCGAACUCGAACCCCACAUAAAUGGUCCUUUCACUCCCGAUCUCUCCUGGCCAAUUUCUGGCAUGGGUGAAGCCGUUAAAAGUACCGACUGGCCAACAAAUAUCAGUGCAGCUCUCAUCGGAUCCUGCACCAACUCUUCUUACGAAGACUUAUCCCGAGCCGCUUCUAUUGCUAAGCAGGCUACAGAGGCGGGCCUAAAAGCGAAAACGGAUUUUUUUAUCAGUCCAGGGUCUGAGGAAAUUCGAUCCACUGUUUCAAGAGAUGGUGUUUUGGAGGAGCUACAGAAGGCUGGAGGAAUGGUCUUGGCAAAUGCGUGCGGGGCUUGUGUCGGUCAAUGGGAGAGGCCGUCAAUGAAGAAGGGCAUGAAGAACACGAUUGUCUCUUCAUUCAACCGCAACUUUGUCGGUCGGCAGGAUGGCAAUCCGGGAACACACUCUUUUGUUGCUAGCCCAGAGCUCGUGACCGCGUUGGCUUUCUCCGGGAAUUUAAAUUUCAACCCUAUGAAGGACAAUAUUCAGCUUCCCGACGGCACCCACUUCCAUUUUGCUCCUCCUCAAGGGCCUGCUCUCCCUGAGAAGGGUUACGAGCGCACUUUGCAAUUCUAUGAUGAGCCGCCUGUGGGCGGAUCGAGCGUUGAUCUGGCUGUAGAUCCAAAUUCUAGCAGGAUUCAGCUUAUCAAGCCGUUUGAGGCAUGGAGUGGAAAGGGUGAGCAAGACUUGACCAUGUUGAUCAAAGUGAGAGGAAAGUGCACAACGGACCAUAUUUCCGCUGCUGGGCCUUGGUACAAAUACAGGGGGCAUCUACAGAACAUCUCUCAAAAUCUUUUGAUCGGCGCAAUCAAUGAUGAGAAUGGCAAACCCAAUUGUAUACGAAACGUAGAUACAGGAGAAUUUGGGACCGUCCCCGCUACCGCCGAGUACUACCGUGAUACUAACCGGAAAUGGGCCAUCUUGGCGGGCGAUAACUAUGGGGAAGGCUCAUCUCGUGAAGCUGCCGCUUUAUCGCCUCGAUACAUGGGUGGCUUUGCUGUUAUUGCUCGCUCAAUGGCUCGUAUACACGAGACAAACUUGAAAAAGCAAGGUCUCUUGCCCCUUUUCUUCCGUGACCCGGCCGAUUAUGACAAAAUUUUGCCAGGCGCGCAGCUCAGGUUGACUAACCUGCAAGCUUUGGCCCCUGGAAGCCCCGUUUACCUCACCUAUACGAACGCAGGACAAGAACACAUUCAGAUUGAACUCUUCCACUCCUUAACUGACCAUCAGAUCACAUGGUUCAAGGCUGGUUCAGCUCUGAAUACUCUCCGUCCCAAAGACUGAAAGGCUGAAGAUUAAUUAGAAAGCAGAAGAUUUGGCGUUUAGUUACAGUUGUACAGUACAUUUUUUGGAGAAACUGGAUCGCAUACAUCAUGGUAACAUUUGCGGAGUGCAUUUUCCAAACCUCUGAGAACAGUCAGUGCACUUGAGUACUCCGAAAUCCCUAAAAAGACAUCGGCAUUAAUAAGACAUCGGCAUUAAGGCAUCGACAUUAAGACUUCGGCAUUCGGAUCUCUACAACGUAGAAGGAUCGGCCCAGAUUGAUAUCAAGCUUAAAAGGUCAUUAUCUUACAAUCCUCGGACGUCAUGACCAGGAAAAGUGAGGGGGGAAUGACAUGCUAACGUGUCCUGAACUGAAU